AAAACUCAGAAAUUAUCUGACGUCGGCAGACUUAAGGGCACGUGACAGGAUAUCGGAAGUAUAACAACAGACAAGAUGGGUCUUGUGUAUAUGUUAAAACGUUAUGUGAGAACUGUAUUGCUUGUGUCUUAUUUGUGCGUUUUGUCUGGCUUUGGUUCACAGAGCUUGGAAACUGUGGAACGAAAUUCACAGCCUGUGAAAGGACAAAUGCCUUCAUAUACUUCCACACCUGCUCAUCAGACAGCAGUACAGGUUACAGAAAUCCCUGGUGCAGAGAUGUGCCCCUGCAAUGCACAAUGUACCGUACUGCCACCUGCUUGUAUGAAGUGCAAAACAAACUAUUCCUGUGUAUAUGGCAAGCAAGUAGCUUUCGACUGUGAGGUUAAUCCAGGAGUUCAAUGCACAGAUGAGAAGAAACGCAAUCAGACACGCUUUACACUUAACAUGACUUGUCAGUUUUGUUGGCAGCUGCCCCCAUCAGAGUAUGUAUGUACGAAUUCUACAAACUGUAUGACCGUGUCCUGUCCUCUAAAACGGUACAAUGCCACCUGUACUGUGCUAGACAAUGUUCAUUGUAUAGGUAACAGAGUAUUUCCCAAGAUGCUGCCUUGCAACUGGACUGGAGGAUACAAAUGGUCUACUGCAUUGGCUCUGAGGUAUGUUGUGGAUUAA